AGAUCGUAAGCGUUGUGAUCAAAGCAAUUUUUACAAGGAUUUGGAUGGAGUCAUCUAAACAUAACGGUGCUAAUAUCUUCCCACCAAUUUGCAGUAACAAAAUAACAGGCGGAUUUUUACGAGGUGGACAUUUUGCAUCUUGUCCUUUCUGGAUAUGCCAACCUAUGCCAUAAUUUCACAAAUUUAGUUUUUGUGACGUCACACUUCUCUUCUCAAUAGGUCACUGUGAAAGAUACCAUAAUUAAUGUUCGACUCAGUGCCGUUUGGGGUAACACCCCAUGCAAACCUCUUUUUUUCUGUGCACGAACUGCACUGGCUAUGCAAAGGCUUCUUGAAGGGUUGCAUACGCAGUGCAUUACAACCGAAUGCAGCAGUGCUAACACCCGGCUAAAUUGCAGUUGAUCUCUUGUUUCGUUUGGUGCCAGAUGCAUGCCUGCCAUUUACUUAUUAGAAGAAUCAAGCUUAAAGGUAUGUUAACAGUCACUUCUGAAGAUGUACGUUGAAGCACACGAAACGUCAAGUUCGAUAUUAUAAAAGUCACUUAUACAAUGCGUUUGUUAUUUCUGAUGUUUGUAACCGCAGUUUGUGUGUUAUUCCUUUUAAAUCUGAGAUGACCAAAAACCGAGAGCAUUCAGGAUUUACCUUAAUCCCCAAAAAAGUUACGCUCUAGCACAAGUGGUCCUGAAAUCCAAUUUAUGGGUAAACAGUCACACCGUACCCAAAGUUUACACGGUCUGUUGGCUCGAUAUGACGGUAGCUUUAUUGGGCACUCCAUCGAGUGCCUUUAUCCUCUUGGUGCCACGGUUCGACUUCAACAUCUUGCUUCUGUACAUUCAAGGUUAAACCCAACUUUCCCAGUCAUGUCAAGGAUUUUGGAAGAAGAUGUUGUUUUAUCUGGAUACAAUGUUCCCGCAAACGUAAGUAACAAGAGCCACUUUAAUUUCCUAAGUGCUUUCUUAGUUGCUAUGGUAACAGGAGGGCGUGGAGCCGAGGUUGUUAAGCAAUCUGUGCAUUGCUUCUACCUUGGGUCUGGAUUCUGUGCCGGUAGACAAAUUUCUGGGUCGAAUUUGUUCGGAAGACGAUAAGUGUAUAAAUUAACGCUUUAAACCCUAAGAUCAAACUAUGAAUUCUCUUUUGUCGCCACUAUUCAUUUCCUACAGACGUUGUGGGGAGAAGUUGAUAAAAUACCAAGCAAAUUCAUCUUGGGUGAUCAUGUCCGUUAUUCUCAUGACCACUCUGUUUAACAAAGCAUUGAUAUUAUAAGGAGAAAUUUGAUGCUGAUCACUCUUAGGGCUUAAAGGGUUAAAGGGGCUUCAUCAUGCUAUUUGCUAUAUUUUUAGUAAGCUAAGGCGUGUCUUCGCAUCAAUUGAAUUCCAAAAAAGGCACAAUUUUUAUUAUUUAAGACUACACGUUGUGUUGGCGUCGAAACUGUUUCCUGUUGUCUGUUGCCUCGGAUGGCAGGGAUGGAAAUGCAUUAAAACGUUUUAGGUGGGACAACAUUUGGAGUUUUAAUAUCAAAUAUCAUCAAAAAUAUAUUAUUGGUGGUGCUUCCUGAUGAAAUUAGUUAAUUUAAUAUCUUCUUCAUAACUCUACAGGAAAAUAAUGUUGGGUAUGGGGAAGGGCAUUAAAGGGGAUAUGCAACCCACUGUUAAAGCGUUAAACAACUUGGCACUUGGGCACCUUUCUCGAAAGACUCGCGAUCGGUACCAUAAUUUGUGUUAUCUGCAAAAUCAGUUUUGAAACCUCGAUCUUGAAUGUAAAAACAGCAGCUUUUCAGGCGAAACUUUCAGACAACGGGCCCUUGGGAUUCACAUGCAUAAAAGAAUUGCACUCACAUAGAAACAGACCAUUUCCGAGCCCCCUCAGGCCUCUGUAUCAAAACGAGGUUAAGUGCUCAGCUUUUGAUAUGGAAGUGAUGUUUCAUUCUCAUGCAAAUAAAACUCAUGUUCACAAGCAAGGUUCUGCACUUGGCCUCAUUUUGAAAGUGAGGGUUUUUUGAAUCUGUCUUGGCUGACUAUCUCCCUCCACCGCAAAACAAACAACCAAUCAAUCAAACAAACAAACAAAUAAAAACAAAAAAUAAACAAACAAUAUUUCGUCAUCUUAAAACCGUUCUAGAUCUAAGAUGCCACACCUUAGUAAGUGGGAAAUGAGGGCUAAUCUCCUCUGGCUAAUUUAAGUAAAAUAUCUCUUCACUCACUGUUGUAAAUAUUCCAGUUUCAAUCUAUUAAAAUUCACAGUUGGCGCCCAGGCUUGGGUAAAUAAAGCCAAGAAACUAUUCUGAGUUUCAUUUCUGGAUUUCUUUUGUUUUAUACUCUUAAGCCAAGGAGCCGAAUAUUAAUAUAUCGAAAUUGGUCUAUUAACUCUAAAGACUUUGAUAGUAUUGGAGUUUUACGCCACAACUCGCUCAGACAAGUACUUCAAAGAUCCUUUGGACUUCAAACCAGAGCGCUGGCUUAGAGAAAGUAAAGAGGCCCAUCCCUUUUCGCACUUGCAGUUCGGAUUUGGACCACGCAUGCGCGUCGGUAAGAAGAGAAGCUAUUCUGUCGAGGCGACCAAAUUUUCCUUUUGUAAACAGUAACCGUCGCUGCCAUUUUAAGACACUUGGAAAAUUUUUGACCUGUUUUUGAUAGUGUUUCUAUUAAAAAGAAAGAAGAUCAUAACCCAGGGUUGAGCCCGUACGUUUCGUAUCGUAAUCUCUCUCCCUUACCACUACACUUCCACACCGAGCCGCAAAAAUUCCGAAAAAUUUAAGUACAUAAACUAGCAAACUGCCUUUCUCAAGUGAUACAUCAAUAACAGGUGAAUCUAGCCCUCUCCAUAGCUUUACACGUAAAUUCAACUUGGGCUUCAACAUCGUUCUUUCUAAGGCUAUUCAAACACGUAUUACUGAUUUGCCUUAUUUUAUCUUAAUCCAGGGAAUAUAUUACAUCUAUCAUGACUAAAGUCUUGGUUACCAAUGUGGCAUUGAACUUUAAAAAUGGCAACGACCGUUUACGAAAGGAAAGUAGGUCGAGGUGACGUCUUGUCAAGAACGUGGCCUUUGGCUUAUGUUAACCACAUUGCUUACAUAGCCAAAUAAAUGUUCUACCAAAGUGAUAACCGAGAAUAUUGAUGUUUUUCAAACGAGGUCACGGCAGUCAUACUGGUGUAGAAAACAAUAAAAUACAACCUCGUCCCGAGGGUCUUCUCGCUUUCCAAUAUGGCGCCGCCGUCAUAUUGGAAAGCGAGAAGACCCUGGGGACGAGGUUAGGCGGCCAUGUUGGUGUAGCAAAAAGGUCCUGUGUGGAUUGAACUCCGCACUUGUCAUGAGAUAUGUCUCCGAAAAAUCGACCUCGAAUAUGAAAAUGGCAAACAAUUGCAAGUCACCAUAAUCAAAAUAACUGAGUCUAAAGAAAACAAAUCCAUCAAAAGACUUGAUGUGUUUGGUUCAACGGUUCCAGGGGCGGGGGGCAGCUGCCCCCCUUGCUAGCUACGGCUCUGGGCUCUGGUACGACGAAGAGGGAUAGCUUCUUUGUCGCACCCUCACUGCCAGUAGCUUACAUAUGCUGUAACUUUGGCAAGGACUGCCAGUGAAGAAUGGGUAUUUUGUAAGUUUUCAGUCACAGUAGUCGCAUUUUGGGCGCAGACAGAACAAGACAACUUCCCAGAAUACCCUUGGGUCUCAUGAAAUAAAAUUUGCAGUUGUUCCUAUCACGCGGCUGAUCAUGGCCAUGUUUUUAUCCGUAAGCCUCAUUCACACCAACAAAACAUGUUUAGUUAAACCAGGUUAAACAAAUUGAAAAUUCGUGAUUUUUCCGAGACUAUUUCAGGUAAAUUUCCAUUUCGCACAAUUUGUCGUUGAAAAAAUUGAUUGGGCAGUCUCUAUGAGGGAAAGAAAUUUUUUAAAACCUUGUUUAACUAAACAGCUUUUAAAAACGUUUAAGCUUUGGUGUGUGUCGAGCAUAGAUAAAGAAUAUGAAGUCUUUUUAUGAAAAUGAGUCGUUGUUUUCAUCAUUACGGUAAGAGUUACUGACUUCAGCACAACCACUUAUGGCUGAUUUUCGUAAACUGGAAAACGAAGUUCUGGUUGUUUAUUAGAACAGCAGAUCUUUCCUGCUCGAAAUCCCCUUCCUUUGCCAUAUAAUAAAUCCCGUAUCCACCAAGGUUGUUUGGUCAAUAAGAAUAUAGUAUCCUCGUCCUUUUGACUUUGCCUAGGUUUAUGAAAACGCCUAGUUAGUUCUUGGCCAACAACCAAUGCAAACACCUUGACUAUCACGCUUGCUGAAUAUUUUCUUUUUCUGUAUAUCUGUAGUAAGUCGUGUGGCUGAACUUGAGAUACGAUGUACGUGUUUGUUUGCAAGGUUAGUACUCCGAAGUAUAUUUAACAAUUACUCCACGAGUGCGCGUUGGAUAGGAGUUGGCUGAUAAUAGUCUCAUAUCAAACAAGCGCGAGUGGAAUAAUUGUUUUAUUAAAAACGCCCACAAAAUAUCGAGAAUUCUUCCGAACUGUAUUUGUAAAAGGAACCGAUUUGUAAAUAAAAGACUAUUUAAAAAAACAACUAAAAACCAAUACAAAACACAACAAAAGAAAACAAAAACCAACCGAUACUCAGCUUGUUUUUAAUUUUGAGCAGAUCCGUUCAGUUACCGUAUUUGGAGAGCAUGGCAUAAUUAACAAUUAUUCCUCUAGCCCGAAUGGGCUCUGACUCAAUAGCCCAUGAGGCCGAAGGCCAAAUGGACUAUAGACUCAGAGGCCAUGAGUGCGAGAGGAAUAAUUGUUUUAGUAAAAUCCAACUAGUUGGUCAAAAAUAUCGAGACUAAAAAACUUUUAGCUAGUUAAAGCUAGACUUUAAUCCUUUUUUUAAUUUGCCGCCAAAAAGCCCGCGCUUUUCGCUACUAAGGGGCUUUAACAUAUAGCCUAGUAGUAGCUCAACCAAUCAGAACGCAGCAUUGAUAAUAGACCACUAGUUGGAUUUUACGAAUGGCUCAUAUACCGUGAUGGCUAAGCCAAUCAGAGCUCUAAAACUGUAUUAUCCAGUGGUUCAGUUUUUAAUGAAGUGUUUUUAAUUAGUCUUUACACUGUUUUUUUUUUUCAACCAUAGAAGAUGAAACUGGUUAUGUUGGGGGCUUUUUGACCGUGGACCGAAGGCUACAAAAAACAACAAACAACAAUGAGUGUAUCUCUAACCUGUUCUAUUUCUUUUUGUUGCAGUUACUUCAGAGGUUCCGUUUAGCGUAUCAUCAUGAGCCACUGGAUUUGCGCCACAAGCUGCUCACUGUUCCAGAUCAACCGGUUAAGAUCAAGUUUGUCGACCGCCUUUGA